CCUUACACUCCGCCUCCUCUGCCUCGAAAUCCGGAAAGCGAUCGUGAGAAUCGCCCCUUCAAGGAAGGAGGCAUGGCGGGGAUCAAAGCUUUGGUUGGUUUAUCAUUCACUGGAGUCAUUGGUUUGACAUUUCUUAUGUUGGGAUGUGCCUUAGAAACAUAUGGUACCUACUGGCCAUUAUUUGUCUUGAUAUUUUAUGCCAUAUGCCCUAUUCCUCACUUUAUUGCAACAAGAGUAAGCGAUGAUACAGACGCAGCAAGCAGUACUUGCAAGGAACUGUCGUAUUUUUUCACAACUGGAAUUGUGGUCUCUGCUUUUGGACUUCCUAUCAUUCUUGCACGUGUUGAAGUGAUCAAGUGGGGAGCCUGUGGCCUUGUGCUGGCUGGAAAUGCCGUAAUUUUUCUUACAGUUUUAGGCUUUUUUGUUCUGUUCGGCAGAGGAGAUGAUUUUACCUGGGAGCAGUGGUAGAAUUUACUGAGAUAUUAAUCUACAGUACAUAUGUUACACAGGCCUUCCUUGAUCUUUGUUCAUUUACUUAUUAUUAUUGUAGUGUGUAUAUGGAUAUACUACGUAUACAUAUGCACAUUAGUGUGUGAAUAAUUUGAUCAGUAUUAGCUUAAUAUAAAGGACAUGUACCUUAUAUACUAGUACCUUUAUUUCAUGAGAUGCAAGUAAAUUUCCACAGUACUGUGGGUGAGUUUUUGAGAGUGCAAGAAAAACUAUGCAAGUAGGGAUUAUUUUUGUAUUAAUGGGAGGCUUUCUUCUGAGUUUUUGAAUUAGGAAUCCCAUUUGCAAUUUGGCUUUAAAGCAGGUUAAUAAAAGAUAUUAAUUUAUCUUCAAGGUAAACACAUCGUAAUUCUUCAAUAUAAACUGUUUACUAUUCAAAGAAUCAGCAUAUUAAAUCACUCUGGUUUCAUACAGUUUUAAGGAGCAAUUGCCAGAUCAACUGCAUUUAGAGCAAAAAGCCAUCUAGAUAUCCUUUUAUCUUCUGCAUGAUUAAGAAAAUGGGACACAAUCUUGUGUAUGCCUGGAUUGGAUCCAGAUUCUGCCACCAGUGAACAGAAAAAUUAUUUUCCUCCACUAGAAACUUCUUGCCAGCAGAAGAACUCCACUUUUGCAAUAUAAAAAGAUGCAGCAAUCUUGCAAUGUUCUAGAACAGGGGUUCCCAACCUUGGCAACUUUAAGCCUGGUGGACUUCAACUCCCAGAAUUUGCUGGCUGGGGUAUUCUGGGAGUUGAAGUCCUCCAGGCUUAAAGUUGCCAAAUUUGGGGACCCCUGUUCUAGAACAUUGAAGAGGUUUUCAGAACAUUGGGAGAGAAAUGCUUGGGUGGGGUUGGACUAGAUGACCUACAAGGUUCCUUCCAACUCUGAUAAUCUAUUAAAUGUUCCCACGAUCAGAAAACCUCUCGGGGUCAGAAAACCUGUUCCCAAUUUAACAAUAUCACUUUUUGAGAAUCCAUGUAUUUCUUUAAAUAAAAAGCUAGUUUUUAUAAGAAGUUAUUACAUCAUGGAUACCUAUCUGGUAGUAGGUUUCAUUUAAUAUAAUGAAGCAUAUUUCUGAGUAAAGAUGUGCCUUAUAAAUAUUAAAUAAACACUUUGCUUUGGUCUCUGUUGCCCUUUAGGAAGCUACAGUGUAUUUUCCAUCCCCAAAUAAGUAUACAAUUUGUGCAGUAAAAUGAUCUAUAAAUUUAAUACUGAUGUUCAUAAAUCACAUUACUUUUCAGUAGGUAUUAGAGUAUUGCUUUUUUUCACUUUAAAAUAGGAAUACGGUCUUUUGAAGAUGAGGGAAAUCUGUUUUGUUUGUUUCUGGUAUAAACUUAAAUAACUCCUAUGUUCCUGUGGGUAAAUUGUUUGAAACAAAAUUGUUAGGUUCAUAAAGAUUCACAAUAGCUUUAAGUAACAACCUCCAACUUAGUCGUCUUACAACUUAUAUGUAAGCAAAUAUGUACUGUAGUAGUUUUCAUUAGGUUAUAGAAAAGCAAACUUCAAAUUUACCUGUCAGGCUUGGAAGCAGAGGUGGUAUUCAGCAGGUUCUGACCAGUUCUGGAGAACUGGUAGUGGAAAUUUUGAGUAGUUCAGAGAGCCGGUAAAUACCACCUCUGACUGGCCCCACCAUCAUUUAUUCUCUAUCUCCUGAGUCCUAGCUGAUUGGGAGGAAAUGGGGAUUUUGCAGUAACUUUCCCCUGGGGUGGGGAGGGAAUGGAGAUUUUACAGUAUCCUUCCCCUGGAGUGGGGUGGGAAUGGAGAUUUUAUAGUAUCCUUCCCCUGCCACACCCACUAAGGCCGCAGAACCAGUGGUAAAAAAUUUUGAACCCCACCACUGGCUGGAAGUCAUCUUUUGCAUUACUGGAGUCUAGGGAGAAAAUGUUUAAAUAAUUCCCAGGAACUUUUCUAUGUUGAAAAGGAAUUUUUUAAAAACUACAAUAACCAAUGCAGUUUUGAGUAGUCUCUUUCCUUUUGGGGAACAUUGACCAUAAAGAAAUUUAUGUAGUUUAAAUACUCACAUCUUAACCAUCCCAGAAAAGAGAGCUCUCCUCCUCCUUACUCAUUUCAUCUCGUUCUCCUGGAAAAAGUCCAAAAAUAAAAAGCCCUCUGUUAUAUUAUUUUGUUUCCUUGAUGUCCCCCCCCCCACAAAAAAAAAUUUCCUGGCCAUUGGAUGCCUUUCUGUACAGCCACUACAUCCAGCUUAAUGGAAGGAACGUGCAACCCUUUACAUAUAUGUAUGAAACUGCUUAACUUUCAGGGUCUGAUUUUGAAAAAAAAAAGUUUUGCAUUUUCAGACUUGGUGCAUAUAAAAACUUUAUAAUGAUUUUAUAACCUGUAUCAUAUGAAAUACUGAAAUUGUGCAAUAUGUUUGUGACCUGAAACACAUAUCUUUGGUCUUCAAUAAAAUAAGAUUUUAACAUU